AAUGGGCCAUCGUGACGGGGAUUGAAAGGCGUAGGGAAAGGAGGAGCGAAGAGGAAAGGUGUCGUGGUGACGGGCGGCCGAAGGUGGAUGAGAUCGAAUUGGCGGAGGGAACUUUUUUCGCGGACGAAAAGCCAAGCCUCAGCGGACUAGCGCCAUCUGAACUUUUGCUGCUUCACCUGCCCCAACCCCAUAUUCUCGCCCACUCUUCCCACGCCGCCACGGGCCCUGCACACCUCACAAUGCCUGGAAACGACGCAUUGCGAGCCUUGAGAUGGCUCUCUCGCAGCUCCGGCGGUCUUCUCUCGGGGUCUGAGGCCACAACGCAACGAUGCCUAUCGAAGACUUUUUCGCGAUCGGUAUCCUCGGAGACCCAGACCUCCUCCAACAAUUCCGCCUCCAGGCCAAUCUGGACCCCGGCACCCGCCCAAGCCACCACCUACUCCUUCCCCUCCAUGGAGCCCCUGCGUUUUGUCGAAUACCCCCAGAACCAUCUCCUCGUGCCGCUCCGGAAGGAUCUGCUUCACCGCGCGGUCGUGUACGAGGGUGACAUGACCCGACAGGGCACCGCCAGCACCAAGUGGAGGGACGAAGUGCACGCCAGUCACCGGAAGGUGCAAGCGCAGAAGGGAUCCGGCCGGGCGCGUGUCGGAGACAAGACCUCGCCGAUUCGCAAGGGUGGUGGUGUUGCGUUUGGUCCUCACCCCCGCGACUUUUCCACGGGUCUCCCGCAGAAGAUCUACGACCAGGCGUGGCGGAUAGCCCUGAGUUACCGAUACCGUCGUGGCCAGUUGAUCAUCAUCGACAACGAGAUCGCCAUCCCCGAGGGUGCCACCGCGCAUCUGGUCAGCGAGAUAUUCAAGGUCAACGGCUGGGGUCGGGAGCACGGACGGUCGACGUUAAUCACGGAUCGCGUGGACGAGGAAUUGUUUGAAACGGUGCGCAGCGUGGGCCAGCAUGCGAAGAUCUUGGACCGAAAGGACCUGGAUGUCAAGGACAUUUUGGAGACGGGACGGUUGAUCAUCGAGAAGAAGGCGUUGGAUACCAUUCUGGCUCAGCAUUCGAGAGAUUUGACCGCCAAGGUUGCGAAGGCCUUGUAUUGAUUGCAUGCCUGACUGGAGGAUGACUCCAGUAUUGGCUUUUUUGGGGCGAAGAACGGUUAUUUAUCUGUACAAAUAGAUUCGAGUUAUGUAUGAAUUUGUCUACUUUGGACUGCGGUAUAG